AUGUAUUACGCAAAGAUCUUCACCGCGGCAGCCGCCCUCUUCGCCACGGCUACCGCCGCCGCAGCAGACCCCUUCGUCUGCACCCAAGAGACAGUAGGCCAAUGCGGUUCGGCCGUGAUGUGCAGCGGGAGCCAGACCUUUGGUUGCGACAACGGCAAAUGCGUCUGCAUUGUCCCGGAACUCCCUCCUCCAACGACCCUCUCCAGGGAGAUCGUCGCGAGAAGGCCCGAUCCCACGCCGGCGCUGGCCGUUGCAAAGACACCCAUGGCUGUUGGCCAGCGCGUUUGCAACGACGCCAGCGUGUACACAGGGCCCGGCGACAUCCACCACGAAGAGACGAAGCGGUUGGCGAUGUGGAUUUGCCGGGGGGAGUUAGGGCCAGACUCGCCGCCGCUGGUCGCGCAGAGCAAGUCGCAGAAAGUUCCAUACUUCAUGUCCGUCAGCUGGAUGUCGGGCUGCGAGACAACGGUCGAUCGCCAGAACGUCGGGAACCCGCUCCUUUUUGACGGCGCAACCGAUGAGCAGAAGGAUAUUUGGUGCACCAGAUUGCUCAUUGACAACUGGGGACAUUGCAAGAACAACCAGGGCCGUGGCGGUGUUGUUACCGCGGGCUGCCUCCGCUAUGAGUUCACGCCUAAAGAGUAG